GAACUCUUAACAGCCGCAUCUAAGGUGAGGUGUUGUUCAAGGGCGAGAGCGGCUUCAUGGCUUAGCUGAUGUAUCAGAUUGAUACAGGCAGGCCGCCAUGGAUUUGUUCGUGUCCGCGACGUCUCACGUCUCCAACGCCAACCAAUGGUUCGAGUUCCUCGGGGCGGCCUUCGCCGCCGCGUCGGAGUUGCUGUCCCGAUGGAGGUGCCGGCGGGAGCGGCGGCAGGACGAGGCACCGGCGGAGCGGGGGCAGCUCAAGUGGAAGCGGGAGGACGCCAAGAUGAAGCAGCUCCACUACUGCAUGCUCCAGCUGCCGGAUCUGAUCAGCCAUGCCGAGUGGUUCAGCUUCGUCAAGGGCGACAAGGAGGUGGCCAGGCUCCUCCCCGAGCUCAAGGUCCUUGUCUACGACGCCUACGACCUCCUCGACGAGUUCAAUCGCCAUCACCGCCAGCUCCAACCGGCGCCGGACGCGGGCGUGGAGCUGGAGCAGCCGCCGUGGGAGGAGGAUGGUUUCCUGCAGGGCAUCGCCGGCGGCAACAUGGUGAGUGAGAUCCUGGAUGAUCUCAACUGCCUCAGGAACACGCUUGGGGCCGUCCUCAACCGCCGCGUCCGCUCCGAGCCGCCGCAUCAGAUCGGCAAGCUGCUGAGGCCGGCCAUGAGCUGCUUCUACGACAAAUCUAAGGUCCGCAGCCUGGAGAGUGAAGUGAGUGAGGUGCUCGAGCUACUGGAGGUGAAGAUGUGCUCCGGACGAGAGCACAAGCGACGAAUCGAAGGAGAAGCUGCUUCAGCUCGCAAGAGGACCAGGAUGAACAGCGGUGUCCCUUCUGCAUCCACCAGAUCAUCUUGCAGCAACCAAGAAUAUGAAUGUGCAUCUGAGAAUGUAAAUGUGUUGGCCAUUUCUGGUAUUGGUGGUGUUGGAAAGACUACUUUGGCUCGGCAAGUUUACAAUGAUGAGAGGGCCGAGGAGUAUUUUGAUCUCAGGAUCUGGAUAUCCGUCUCGGAUGAUUUCAAUGUCAAGAGGCUAACUAAGGAGUUCAUAGAGUUUGCUCUUGCCGAUUUGAUGCAGUCUGAUAACCUGUGUAACCUUCAGCAGAGACUCACUGGAAGUGUUGUCAGGUUCAGGUUUUUGCUUGUUCUUGAUGAUGUGUGGGAUGAUGUGUAUGCCAAUCAAGACAACAGAUGGCAGGAAUUCCUCGAGCCAUUGAAGUCUGCGCAACAAGGAAGUGCGAUUCUGUUGACGACAAGAUCUGAGAGGGUCGCGGAUCUGGUGAACAAAAACAAGCAUUUCCGACUGGAAGGGCUGCCUCCUACCAUCUUUGAUGAAUUCUUUCAGGCAUGUGCAUUUGGCCCAGAUUGUUGCAGAGUUAAUCCAGAAUUGAACCUCAUUGGGAAAAGCAUAAUUCCACAGCUGAAGAGAUGCCCUCUAGCUGCUGAAACUAUUGGACGUUUGCUGAAGCCGAUGCUGGAUAGAGAGCAUUGGAACUCGAUUGCAGAAAGCGAAUUGUGGGAGCUGAAACAAGAACAAUAUGACAUUUUGCCAGUCCUUCGCUUGAGCUAUCUGUAUCUACCUUCCCACCUGAGAAACUGUUUUUUGUUUUGCUCCAUGUAUCCUAAAAAACAUCAAUUUGACAAAGAUACUCUGGUGAACUGUUGGAUAGCAGCUGGUUUAGUUGAGUCCUGCAAGGGUGGCAAGCUAGAAAGCCAUGGGUGUCAAUAUUUCGAGGAACUACUUCAUCGAUCCCUUCUUCACAAAGACGCAAGCGGCCCAGCGGAUUCCAGGUAUGUCAUGCAUGAGCUGAUUUAUGAUAUGGCACAACUGGUUUCUGAGGAGGAGUGCUUCAUUGUAAAAGGCGAAACUGAUCUGAAAAAAAUCCCGCAAAGUGUUCGCCAUCUCUCAAUAAUUGGCAGCAGCAGUCUGAAUGAAGCCAACCUAAGAAUGGUAUGCAAGUUCAAAAGGCUGCGCUCCAUUGUGUGCCAUGGCGUUGAGGCCUGCACGCUCACUGCUGCAGCGAAGUACUGGUUUGAAGAGCUUACUAAAAUACGAAUGCUGGGUUUCCUGUCUUGUAAGUUGAACUUUCUACCUGAGACCAUUGAGAAACUAAAGCUUCUGCGAUACCUCAAUAUCAGCGAAUGUACUUUCGAAGAGCUUCCUCCAUCUUUUUGGCAGCUGCAGAGUUUAAAGAUUGUAGAUGCUGAGAAAUGUCGUGUCAAACAAAUUCCUGAUGACUUCAAUCGGCUGGGUAAUUUGCAGAGAUUUAAGUUGAGGGGUAGAAUUAUCAAAGAACCUGGCACUUACGCAAUUUAAACUUCCAAGAUACGUCCGUGGGAUCGAAGAACUGUAUGCACGAGCUAUUGUUCUAUAUGAACAUUAUUUUCGGUAGGAGACCAAAGGUUUCAGCUUCUGAUAAUGUGACAAGCGAAGACGAUGGUCGAUAUCUUCUUGAUCUUGGAGCGACCUAGGUGAUGGCACAGCUAUCUAAUUAUCUCCGCAUAUCCAGUGCUAACACCGAAUUGAUGUAACUGGCAAGUUCGAUUGUUAAUUUACAGAAUUAUAAUGACAUUGAAGUAGUAAAGCACUAGGUCAGGGAAAUGUGUUUCAUGUUCCUCUGUUGAAGAGUAAACUUUAGUAGUGAUAAUUCCAUUAAUCUAUCGCUUUUGCCUUCGUGUAAUU